CUUUCUCUCUCUCUUUCCCUUUCUCUCUAUACUUCAACUAUCUUUGUAGUAUAUAAAGAAUAUACUCGUUAAAGGAAAAAGAUAAAAAGAAACUAUUGGCUAAUAUGCAAGCAACAACAGUCUAUUAUACUGCAACUUACCCAUCUCCUUACCCUGAUGCUGAAUCGCAACCAGCUUCUACAACUACCGCUACUACUACUGCUACUGCUACUAACAGUGCUCCUUCAGUUACAUCUAUUCAUACCGCACAGGAUAUGACAAGUGCUCCUAUUGGCAAUGGUAUCAAACGUAAGCAGGUUAAAAAUGCAUGCACCAAUUGCCAAAAGGCUUGUAAAAAAUGUGAUGAUGCUAGACCUUGUCCUCGUUGUAUAAAAUAUGGUAUAGCAGAUACCUGUGUCAAUUCGGUCAGAAAGGAACGUAAAAAAGGGAUCAAGCGUGGACCUUAUAGAAGAAGACAGAAGCAGUCAAGUGAUGGUUCCAAGGAGAUCAAGCCGGAAUUCAAUCCUUCCAACGCCGCUUCAAACACGGGUCCAAACACGACAUCUACAAUCGCCUCACCAUCAGUAGCUGCUGCUGCCCCUGCUACUCCUACACCUGGCCUUGCUGCAUUUGGGUAUCCUCCUAAUCUUAAUCAGUAUGGUCAGCCUUAUGACGCCUAUUAUAGCGUAGCUACUGGUACUACUGCUUCAAGCGCCUCUGGUACACCCACGACCACUGCCUAUUCAAAGGAUCAGAUCAUGCCACAACAAUACGUCUUACCAAUUUAUUCUCCUUAUCCUGUUUUGGUGAGCGGUAAUGGUACUUUAAGUACGAAUGAAAACAAUGAAAAUAACAAUACAGAAAAUGGUAAUCAUCCAUCUCCUUAUCAUCACUAUCAGUUACUUCAACAGACUCUACAAAAUGAAGUUAAAUCAUCGGCUCCUAGUACAACCAAUUCUUCUUUUCCUCCUUCUCCAACAGAACAUCAAGAGGACGACGAUACCUCAAAGUUUGCUCGCUUAACACAGCUCUGCUCUGCUGCACUAAAGGAGAACAAGGCCAUAAACGAGCCUUGCGAACACAAGACAAAUAUUGAAAAGAAAGAUUAAAGCAUAUCUUGUCCACCGUUUAAUAAAUAAAAAGUGAAUUAUGCAAUUUGACAGGUCAACUCCGAUUCUUUACCAGCCAUUUGCUUGAAAGGCACGCAUACUUAAUUCGUAGGCUGUAAAUGUUGCCCCCGCUGCA